AUGGAUGCCAGGGUUCGACGGUUUGUUCAGGGCCUUAGUCCCUUGGUUGUGAAUGAAGCUACUACAGCGGCCUUGCACUCUGAUAUGAAUUAUGGUAAGAUAGUGGGAUUCGCCCAGGCUACGGAGGCUAGAAAGUUGAAAAUAAGGGAAGAGAGGGAGAGUAAUAGCAGGGCCUGGUCAGCGGGCCACUCGGGGAGCUUAGUUGCAGGGGGGAGACCAGUUCAAGGGAGAGGGCCAGCAGGGCCAUCCCAUUCAUAUGCACAGUCCUCAUCUAGUGCAUCACCAUCAGUGCCCCGUCAUCAGCAGCGUAGUCACUUGAGACCAGGCUUUGACCAGGAGGUCAACAGGCAUUUCGGGGAGGAUUUGGACAAGAUGGUGCGUAGUAUCCUGCACACCGAUAAGCCUUUCAUUAGUGGGGAUUUCAAUGGUCAUAUUGGGGCUAAUGAUAGGGAUUAUGACGAUGUGCAUGUAUGGUUCGAUUUUGGAGAUAGGAACGACGGAGGCACCUCACUGUUGGAUUUCGCUAGAGCUUUUAAAUUGGUGAUAACUAACUCGAGUUUUCUAAAGAGAGAAGUCCACCUAGUCACCUUCCAGAGUUCGAUAGCCAAGACCCAGAUUGAUUACCUCCUUUACAGGAAAUGUGAUAAAGGUUUAUGCACUAAUUUCAAGGUCAUCCCAAGUGAGAACCUCACGACCCAGCAUAGGCUCCUAGUAGUGGACCUGGAGAUCAAGAGUAGUGGGAGAAAGAGGGCGGUGUAG